AUGGCGUCUCCUCCAGCACAUCAUUCCAGCAAGGCAGAGGAGCUGCGAAAGGCUACUACCUUCCACCCAAGCCUGUGGGGUGAUUUCUUCCUCACAUACCAGCCGCCAACUGCACCUCAGCAAGCAUACAUGGAAGAACGAGCUGAGGUAUUAAGAGAAGAUGUUAGGAAGAUUUUGAUGGGCUCAACUGAAUUACCAGAAACACUGAAUCUUAUACUCACAUUGCAACGACUUGGACUGGAUUACUACUACGAGAAUGAGAUAGACAAGUUGCUGCAUGGUAUUUACAACUCCGAUUACAAUGAUAAAGAUCUAAACUUAGUUUCCCUGCGGUUUUAUCUUCUUCGAAAGAAUGGUUACUAUGUGUCAUCAGAUGUAUUUCUGAACUUCAAAACAGAAGAAGGUAGCUUUGCUUAUGCUGACACGAGAAGCUUGUUAAGCUUAUAUAAUGCAGCAUAUUUGAGGAGGCAUGGAGAGAAGGUACUAGAUGAAGCAAUUUCUUUCACUAGACGUUGCCUUCAAGGUAUCCUUGUACUUCCAGAAUCAUCAUUUGCAAAGGAGGUGUCUUCUUCCCUUCAUACGCCUCUUUUUAGAAGAGUUGGAAUAUUAGAAGCGAGAAAUUACAUACCCAUUUAUGAAAAAGAGGCUACACGGAAUGAAGACAUAUUGGAGUUUGCAAAAUUGAAUUUUAACCUUCAACAACUUGUUUUUUGUGAAGAGUUAAAGCAUUGCACAGUGUGGUGGAAGGAGUUCCUAGCCAAAUCAAAGAUGACUUUUGUCAGAGAUAGGAUAGUAGAGAUGUAUUUCUGGAUGAAUGGAGCAUGCUAUGAUCCACCAUACUCUCGUUCCCGAAUUAUACUAACAAAGAUCACAGGUCUCAUUGCAAUAAUUGAUGAUAUGUUUGACACAUAUGGUACCACUGAAGAGUGCACAAAGUUCGCUGAAGCACUUGGCAGAUGGGAUGAAAGUGCAAUACAUCUCCUUCCAGAGUACAUCAAGGGUUUCUACUUGUUCCUGUUGGAGACAUUUCUGUCAUUUGAGGAUGUGUUAGGGCCAGAGAAGAGCUAUCGUGUGCUUUAUCUAAAACAGGUGAUGGAGCGCUUAGUUCAGACAUACUGCAAGGAAAUAAAAUGGCGUGAUGAAGAUUAUGUGCCCACAAUGAGUGAACACCUUCAAGUUUCAGCAGAAAGCAUUGGAUCCAUCGCUCUAACAUGUGCUGCAUAUGUUGGAAUGGGUGAUAUAAUAACAAAGGAGACCUUCAAGUGGCUUUUGAGCUAUCCUCAAUUUCUAACAUCUUUUGGUACAUUUGUACGGCUCUCCAAUGAUGUCGUAUCAACCAAGGUCUUUCUCUAUCCUUAA